AUGCUUUCAUUCUGUCCCUACUGCUCCAAUAUGCUCCUCAUCUCCAAGGAGGAUGGGAUGAACAAGCUCUACUGCGCGUCGUGUCCAUAUGAGUUUCCAAUCAACGGCUUGGAAAUGUAUGACCGCAAGGUGUUGCCGCGGAAGCAGGUGGACGACGUUUUGGGUGGGGCCGGUGCGUGGGAUAACGUUGACCAAACUGCGGCUCAGUGUCCGGUGGAUACCUGUGGUGGUGACAAGGCCUACUUCUUCCAGUUGCAGAUCAGGUCCGCUGAUGAGCCGAUGACUACCUUCUACAAAUGUGUCAAGUGUGGCCACCAGUGGAGAGAGAACUAA